AUGUCUAAAGGUAAAGUUUGUCUAGCAUACUCCGGGGGUCUCGACACCUCAAUCAUUCUAGCCUGGUUGCUAGACGAAGGCUACGAAGUCGUGGCCUUCAUGGCCAACGUAGGCCAAGAAGAAGACUUUGAAGCCGCAGAGAAAAAGGCUUUGGCUAUUGGUGCUACCAAGUACGUGUGUGUUGACUGCAGAGAAGAUUUCGUCAAAGAUGUGCUAUUCCCAGCCGUGCAGGUGAACGCCGUGUACGAAGAUGUGUAUUUGAUGGGCACAUCGUUGGCCAGACCAGUGAUUGCCAAGGCGCAAAUCGACGUGGCUGAACAGGAAGGCUGUUUCGCCGUGUCUCACGGCUGCACCGGUAAAGGUAACGAUCAAAUUCGUUUCGAACUUGGAUUCUACGCUUUGAAACCGGACGUGCACGUGAUCGCUCCAUGGCGUGAUCCGGUAUUUUUCCAGAGAUUUGCAGGCCGUAAGGAUCUACUGGACUACGCUGCCCAGAAGGGCAUUCCUGUGACCCAGACCAAGGCUAAGCCAUGGUCCACUGACGAAAACCAGGCGCACAUUUCGUACGAAGCCGGUAUUCUAGAAGACCCAGACACCACACCACCAAAGGACAUGUGGAAGCUCAUCACAGACCCUGAAGACGCUCCAGACAAGCCUCAGGACUUGACCAUCACCUUCGAGAAGGGUAUCCCCGUGAAGCUAGCGUACCCUGACAGCAGCAAGAACGGCGAGACCACGGAAGUGACGUCGCCAUUGGACGUGUUUUUGGCCGCAUCCAACUUGGGCCGUCAGAACGGUGUGGGUCGUAUCGACAUUGUGGAGGACCGUUACAUCAACCUCAAGUCCCGUGGGUGCUACGAACAGGCUCCUUUGACGAUCUUGAGACGUGCCCAUGUGGACCUAGAAGGUCUAGUUUUGGACAAGGAAGUUCGUUACUUGCGUGACCAGUUUGUUACGCCAACCUACUCUCGUCUCAUGUACAACGGUUCCUAUUUCACCCCAGAGUUCGACUUCAUCAAGGCCAUGAUCGCACCUUCCCAGACGUGCGUCAACGGUCAAGUCCGUCUCAGACUCUACAAGGGCAACGUGAUCGUGCUGGGCAGAUCUUCUGAGACCGAGAACCUAUACGACGCAACCGAAUCGUCCAUGGACGAGCUAACAGGCUUUUUGCCCACUGACACUUCUGGUUUCAUCGCUAUCCAGGCCAUCAGAGUCAAGAAGUACGGUGAAUCGAAGAAGGCCAAAGGCGAAUCGCUAACUUUGUAA